AUGUCGACUAAAUCAAUCCCUGUGAUCGAUGCUUCAGAGCUCGCAGACGGGCAGCUCAAACAAGUUGAGUUUGAGAACGGCCAUGUUCUCUUGUCCAAGAUCGGAGACAAGAUCCAUGCGACUAGCGCGUUUUGUACGCAUUACGGAGCACCGUUAGCCAAGGGUGUUUUGACCAAGGAUGGGCGAGUGGUUUGCCCUUGGCAUGGCGCAUGCUUCCAGGUUUGCUCGGGAGACAUCGAGGAUGCCCCAGCUCCCGAUGCUCUACAUUCAUUCAAAGCCGAAAUUAAAGACGGUAAAAUAGUCGUUACUGCCAAUCCCGAGCACACCACCAAAGAAGGGAAGUCUCGCGCCCCCAAACUGGCCAGUGUUAGCGCAAAUUUCAACGAACCAGCAUCGGAACGCAGGUUUGACCGUUCAUACGGGCAGAAUGGAUACCAGGGAUCGAUUACUUUGAUUUCCAAAGAAGACUACGCUCCUAUCGAUAGAACCAAGCUCAGCAAAGCCUUGAUUACCGACCCAUCUAAGAUUGAAUUCCGUAAGCCAGAGGUCCUGAAAGAACGCUAUGGUGUCGACUUCCGGUCCGGUACUGUUGUAACUAAUCUCGAUCCUACCGCUAAAACCGUUACACUCUCCAACGGCGAGUCAAUCCAAUACACAAACGUUGUCCUUGCACCUGGUUCUGCACCUCGCAAACUGCCAGUCGAAGGCGCGGACCUCGGAAACGUCUUUACACUCCGUCAGAUUGGCGAUGCCAAACAAAUCGACGAAGUGCUCAAGGAGGGAAAGAAGAUCGUGUUCGUAGGCUCUUCAUUCAUCAGUAUGGAGCUCGUCGUGGUCGCCUCGAAACGUAAACUGGCGAGCUUGGAUGUCAUUGGAAUGGAGGAGGUUCCCUUCGAAAAUAUACUAGGGAAAGAGGUCGGAGCUGGACUUAUGAAGUAUCACAAGAGUCAGGGCGUGAAUUUCCAUAUGCAAGCCAAGGUCAAGAAACUCUCGGGCAAUACAAACGUUUCCUCUGUCACAAUCACCGAUUCUUCUGGUUCGGAUAAGACCCUGGAGGCUGAUGCAGUAAUUAUGGGCAUUGGCGUCGCACCUGCUACCGAAUUCCUCAAAUCCAGUCCAUUUACACUCGAAAAGGAUGGCGGCAUCGCUGUCGACGAAUAUUUGCGUGCUCCGACUGGGGAUUUGUCGAGAAUCGAGCACUGGAAUGUUGCUAAUAACCAUGGUCGAGCCGUAGGGAAGACGAUUGCUGGGUCUCCUCAACCUUUCAAGAAAGUCCCUAUCUUUUGGAGUGCACUCGUAGAGGGCCAACAGCUUCGCUAUUGUGGCAUCGGAGCCGGCCACGAGGAUGUCAUUAUUAAAGGCAACCCUGAUGAAAUGAAGUUCGUCGCAUACUAUGUCAAAGGCGACAAAGUAACUGCUGUCUCAAGUAUGCAAAAUGACCCAAUUGUUAGCAAGUGCUCUGAGCUCAUGCGUUUGGAACUCAUGCCCUCUGCGAGUGAAAUCCGAGCUGGAAAGGACCCACUCUCGGUUGAUAUUUCGAGCUCCGCGGGAUCCAAUAAACUCGCAUAA